UUCUCCAGAUCCACUUCUGGCUUUUCCUCCUGUGCUCAGGAGCCCCAGGUUUCUCUGCAACACAGGGAAGGAGAGACUCCGAGGGAGAACAAGGGGCAGAGUGAAGAGCAGGAAAUGAAACCAUUGACAUUCAUGGAUGUGGCUAUUGAUUUCUCUCAAGAGGAAUGGGAAUGCCUGGACCAGGCUCAGCAGAAAUUAUACACAGACGUGAUGUUGGAGAACUACAGAAACCUGGUCUUUCUGACCAUUCCUAGUCAUGUAUAUGGACCAAAGGAAAGAUCCAUGGAAUCUAAAGAGACAAGAGACAUGUCUUGCAAAAUUGCUGAGGUGGGCCUUGAAUAG